CUUUUAUCUAUAAAAGCUAUAAAUAUCUCCAGGUCUCACUCUAUCACUCCACGCUAUUCCAAUCCAAACCAAUAUCCAUGGCUUUCAACAAUGCUCUGAUGGUAUUGCUACUAUUGGCUCUUGGGGCUGCAACAACUCAUGCUCGUGUGGACUUUGUGGGGCUUUUUGUUAAUGGCCAUUCUCCCUAUUGUCCACCACCUGGACCAACAAAAUGUGUAAACUGUGAUUGUAACGAAGAAGGUGGGAAGUUGGUGUGUGUUCGUACUGAUUCGAGAAAAGGGAAGUGCCCAUCAAGCUGCAGUGGAGGUUGCGCCUGUGACUAUUCUCUGUGUCCUCGUUGUUGGUGCUCCUAUGAGGUUCAGGCAUGCCCUAAAGUCUGCCCCCCACCAAGUAUCACCACUGCCGAAGCUGCGUUUGAGAAUAAUCUUCUUGCUUCCAAGACAGACUAAGUAAUUAACAGUAGUACUAAUGCCGUGCUUUAUCUUAAAAAGUAAUCUCAUUAACUAUGUAUCUACUCAAUGUUUGCAAAGCUUUGCUUCAGCUACUAUUGUUGAGGCUUGUGUCUAUUGAAAAUCUGUAAGCUUGUUUGUUAAAUAAAAUGCAAACUGUUGGUA